GAGCCGCCGCCGACUGCCCCAUCCGCCGCUCAGCCCCGACAGGAGGUCGGCGCAGACCCUCCGGUAACCCGGCGUGGAUCCUCCGGUAACCCGACGUGGCCCCGGAGAACAUGUCUGUGUCUUUAAAAAGAACUCUGCACGGAAUGGUGCAUGAUGUCAGGCUGCGCUCCGUCCGCUCACUGUUCAUGUGAGACGUUCACUUCCUGCACAGGGACAGAAGGCAGAGAAAACAGAGAGAGAGAGAGAGAGAGAGAGAGAGAGAGAGAGAGAGAGAGAGAGAGAGAGAGAGAGAGAGAGAGAGAGGGAGAGAGGGAGACACACCAACAUAGAGAUGGGGACGAGAUAGGACGGCAGUGAGAGACGGAACCAGCCGAACCACCGGGACACCGGGCCUGCGUCUGUCUGUUUUUACAACCUCCAAAACUUUGUCGCUUUAUCCGGAGACAAGAGGCUGCCACAUCCGCGCCUGAAGCCGCUGAAAGCCGCAGUUUAUGGAAGAGCGACAUAUUGGAUGCCUCUCUCAUUGGCAGCGUCUGCAGUGAAUGUCUGAAACCCCAUCUUCCUCUUCCUCUUCCUCUGCAUCCAAAAUGUCCCAGCUGCUCCAUGUGGAGAUCCCGAACUUCGGGGCCACAGUUCUGGGCUCCCUGAAUGAGCAGCGCCUGCUGGGACACUACUGCGAUGUAUCCAUCCUGGUCAAAGGUCAGGCUUUCAAAGCCCACCGGGCCGUGUUGGCUGCCAGCAGCCUCUACUUCCGUGACCUCUUCAGCAGCUCCACCAAGACCCAAUUUGAGUUGCCCUCCUCCGUCACACCUGCUUGCUUUGAGCAGAUUCUUUCUUUCUGCUACACAGGGAAGCUAACAAUGGCAGCUAGUGAACAGCUGGUGGUCAUGUACACAGCUGGCUACCUCCAGAUUCAGCAUAUAGUUGAAAGAGGUAUGGACCUCAUGUUUAAGGCAAACUCACCUCACUGUGACUCACAAACUGCAGGGUCCUUAGAAGAAACAGGAUCUGAGCCACAGAGUCCUUGUAAUAAUGGUAACGGCCUCCCUGUGGCUGCCCUGUUGGGAACCUCAGGGUGGUCUACAUCCCUACUCCUGCCGCAGCGUAAGAUUAAACUAGAAGGGGCUGAACCUACGCCCCUGACGAUACCCUCUCCACAGAGCAAGAUUUCAUCUUCAGAGCUGGGAAGUCGGUUGGCGAGGGCCAGCUCACUGUUCUACACAACCGCUGGAGGGACCCCUGUACCUGGGAUGCCUCCUUACCUCCUCCAGGGGGCUGGUGGCGGGGGUGCAGGGGCCGGGGCAGGAGUGGAGCGGUCUAGUCCUGGAGCAUCCAGCCUCCCCACCACCGACAGCCCCACAUCCUACCAGAAUGAGGAUGAGGAGUUUGAGGAAGAGCCCUAUGACGGGAUCACAGAAGACGCCUACAGUCAGCUUUAUGGACGCUCUGCCAACCCCUACGGCAUCCAGGACAAGCCAGAGAUGGCAGCGGUGCCCUUGGCCUUGGAGAACCGCAACUGUGUCCUGAUCCGCAGGGACCUGGUGGCCCUGCCUGCAAGUCUCAUCAGUCAGAUCGGCUACCGCUGCCACCCUAAGCUCUACACUGAGGGAGACCCAGGAGAGAAGCUGGAAUUAGUGGCUGGUACACAGGUGUUCAUGACUCGAGGCCAACUUAUGAACUGUCAUCUAUGUGCUGGUAUCAAACACAAAGUCCUGCUCCGUCGUCUGCUAGCUACAUUCUUUGAUAGAAACACUUUGGCCAAUAGCUGUGGGACAGGUAUCCGCUCUUCCACUAGUGACCCCAGUAGGAAACCCCUGGACAGCAGGGUCCUCAACGCUGUCAAACUUUACUGUCAGAACUUCAACCCUAACUUCAAGGAAAGUGAAAUGAAUGUGAUUGCUGCUGACAUGUGCACAAAUGCGAGGCGUGUCCGUAAGCGAUGGUUGCCCAAGAUCAAGUCCAUGCUGCCCGACGGGAUGGAGGUGUACCGAGCAGGAAUGGGCAUGGGUGCUGCCGUGGGGUUGGGCCUGGCGCUGGCCACCCCUCAACAAGGUGUACCUCUCCCUUUUGAUGCCGACUUCAAGACCCUAGAGCAAAGGUUGUAUCCGGACCGUAAAGACCCCCUCAGAACUCACCCGGCUCUGACUGAGGGCAGCCCGGGGUCUGGGGCGGCCGGAGCAGAGGCUGAAGCUGAAGCUGAAGGAGGAGCCCCGGAGGAACAGGAGGAAGACGAGGAUGAAGCCGGGUUGGAAGGUGUAGACGGGUCACUGGGGGCACCAACUUUGAUCCCCGGCGCCGAGGCUGGCAGUUGUGGCGAUAUGCCGCCCGAGCAGGAAGCGGAAAGCUUUGGACAAGGUCUGAGGGUGAAUGGACAGUGAAUGUUCCUUCUGCGCUGCCUCAAGUUGUGAAAUCCGUUCACCACCUACAUUUUCUUUUGCUUGCUCUCUUACUCUUAGAUCUCUUCCACCACUCCUUCCUCUCCUCUGUGCUUCCUCCACAGGAACUAUUCAGCACAAAGAAGCUAUGCUCGUGAUCUAUUCAACAGGAUCUGUCAUACAUGCAUGCGCACAUGUGUGCUUGUGUACACAUACACUCAAACAAUGACAGCGUGAGUUGACACAGGCAUGACAUGGAUCAUACAUUCUACUCCGCCCAUGUCUUAGUAUAUCCAGUAUUUAUUUAGUAUUUCAGCACCCAUAGCAGUAUUACAAAGCCCUGAUAGCAGAACAAACGGGUAUAAUGAUUCAUCAAUUCAGCGCAAAACAAAAGCAACAGCUGCUUUGCUGGCAGUUUGUGGAGUGUGGUAUAAUGGUUUGUAAAAUGAUUCUGUUUUCUUGGAAAGCUGCUUCUGAAAAUAACCCAUGUAACCUUGGGAAAAAUAGAUUAUGGAAACACUGAUCCCUGAACUACAGCUUAUUUCUGCAGUGUUUGACGACCUUACAUCAUGCUCUUAAAGACUGUUAUCAUUGACGAUUAUAUUUAAAUAAUAAUUCAACAGAACAGCUUUGCUUCUAUAAGAUAUUACUCAUAGUACUUCAUUUUACUAUUUUUUUGUGAAAGCAAAUGACCUCUCCGCAAUCCAACAAAGUAUCUUAAUCACAUGAAGUCGUUGUUUUUUAUGCAUAUUAGGCCUUAACAUAUCGUAUUAGUUUGUUGAUGUGAUGCCUGUGUCUGCUUCACAAACGUGACAUACACACAUGUGCGCCCACAUCCCCAGCCUUUAAUAUCUGCACACAUUCAUCAAGAAACACUGUCCAAAAAAAUGGAGUAACGCUUUGUAACUUUUAAAAAUCCUUUUAGACUCACUCAUAUAUGUCGGAGAGAAACAAACGCCAGAGACGUGAACAAGAACAUACACCAAAUCCAAGCUUGCAUGCAUGAAUAGAAACAAAUGAUACAAAAAGGAAAAAAAAACAAAUCCACAAAUCUACAAGUUAAGAAAACAGCUAGCUGCCUCGAGAUACGCCAUUAAUACGCAAAAGGACUUUUUUUCAUUUAAAACCGGGAUCUGACCUCAGCCUGACACGUUGGAACUGAUCUGCAUGUGAACUGGGAGUACAUGUACAGAUAGGAGUUUUUUUUGGGUUUUUUUCUUCCUUUUUUGGUUUGUUUUUUGCAGCAGUUUGUUUUGUGUUAUCACCAUGAGGUUGUGAGUUUACUGUAUGUAGUAGUGAGAGGAAGUGCACUACACUAAAUGGUAGAAGAGGAGCACUGUUUCACCCUGAUGUGGUGGAGUGAUUGGCGCGAAGACUAUAUAGACCUGCUUCCAUGUUUUUUUUCCCCUUUCUGGUCAAGUAGGGGAAGGGCGGGGGGGGGGGGUAAAUUAUUAAAUAUAAUUAAAGAGAGCAAUUUCUGCUGGCUUAUUGCAUUUGCACUCAGAAACCGAGGAGUUUAGCGUGAUGUGACUGCAAUAAAGACUGAAAAUUUCCUCUACGUCACCCUGAAAACGGGGUGACUUGGAGAAGAAGCAAACGGCCUAUCGGAUAAUGACUGUUUCUGUAUUUUUGGCGGGGAAGGGAUCCAGGGAAUGUCAAAUAGGGACUUCAACCUGUAUUUGUCAUUUUCUUUUUGUCAGCUCACGUAGCCUUUCUUUGUUGUUAUGUGCAUUUUACAUUUUCACAGAUUCACUGUCGCGUUUUCUUUUCUCUGGCUUUCUGUGUUUUCUUGAGCACUAAAAGCACAUGUGAUCACAAGAGUAGACCGUUCAUUACGUUUAGUUUAUGAAUUAACCCCUAAACUAAUGGUAAUAUAAUCCACCCAAUUUUUUUUCUCCAAAACUUUUCUAUUUAAAUUGGUCAAAACAUGUAAAUAGAAAGAUUUUUACCCAAUGUGGGAGAUGAUGGUAUAAACUAAAGGUUAUAUAUAAAAUUGAAUAUAUGCCCAUGAUAAAUUCAAGCACUUUGCAUUGGUGUUGUGCCACUUUAAAAGGUUGGGCCAGAUUAUUCUGUAUGUUUAAUGUAUCCUGUACCAGGUUCUUUGGGUGAAGCUUUAAAAUGGCCUUGCACAAGUAGCACAGGGUGAUAAUUGCACUAGGUAAGAAUAACAACGUUUACAGUACCUGUUUUUUUAUGAUAAAAAAUGGGAUCUGCCAUAUGAAGCAAGGCUGUGUCUGAGUGUCUGAUGGUUGAAUGUAAAUUGUAGCACUGCUUUAGGAAGAGUCUAAGCCUUGAUUGAACAUGGAAAAAACUGUCUUUUAGCAACUCACCUUUUCCUUAAUUGUAUACUACCAAAACACACCAUAAAAUACCGUGAAUUUGACUGUGAGGCUGAGUUUAAAGCUUUCCUGAUGGUGUUGUUAAUAGGUCUUCCAAUGUGGCAAAAAACCAGGGACUACUACUCAAACAAACACAUAAAUGAAAUUCUGUUUUUACUAUUGUGUUGUGUAUUUUUACUGAUAUCUGUCCAAAGUGUAUCAUUUUGAAACUUCUUUUUUUCUUUUUUUACUGUAAUGUACAUUUCUAAAUGGCCUACAUGUGUUUACAAAGCUGAUAAAAUUGGGUAAAAACAUUCUUCAGUAUUUAAUUAUUUGUUUCAGUUUUUUAUUUUAUUUUAUUUUAAUUCCUUCAAUAUUGGAUGGUUCAUCUAUAUUACAUAUUCCCAAAAUGUCUCAGUAACAUUUUGCAUUUACUUUCCUUUAACAGUUUUUACAUUACGUUCCACAAAUAGCCUCCAAUGCAGUCAGUCAAAUAAACUAAAUAAAACUGAAACUCCAUGUAAUUAUCUGAUAAAAAAGUAUAGAGUAAAAAGGACACAUACAAAAAUAUGUAUUUUUCUCCGUGUUUAUUCAUACAUAAUGAAAUCAAGUCUUAAAUGUUUCAAACACAGUUUAGUAAAUGGUCAAAAUUUAUAUAAUAUGGGGGGGUGGGGGGUGCUGAAGGGUUUGUGUAGCAGUGCCUUAGACUGUAACUGUGUGGAUGUGGAUGUUGUGAUGUUCAGUGGAAAACAAAUAACCGAAUGUGAUAGAACGCAGACACUGAAAAAACUGUUUAAUUACAGAAGAACAAAUGGCUGAAAAAGUUCCUUUCAAUAACCUUCGCUUUGUUUAACAUAUGUAUUAUUUUUAGAUUUUUUUUUAUUAUCACUGAAACACAUUUCCAACCAGAUGAAGAGGAUUCCCUACAUUAAAGGUCCAGUGUGUAAGAUUUAGGGGGAUUUAGGAGGAUCUAAUCACUGAAAUGGUAUUCAUGAUUCGUUUUUUCUUAGUAGUCAUGAGUUCUUUAAAUCUGCAUUGAGUCUGAUGUGUUGGUGUGAUGUUUCUACACUAGCUCAGGAUGCACUUCCUCCUCUUAACUCUUUUUCUCCUAGAAUGAUUGAAACAAAUACUAGCUCCAUAAGAGCUUUUGUUUUUUUUUUACGGCCACCGUGGGGAGGAUGAGAGAGCAAUUUAUUUGGGUGCUUUCUGCAGCUUUACCACCAGAGGGCACUAGAUAUUACACACUUGUCCUUAAUGUUAGGAAAAAAGCAUGAAUUUCACAGUCACAAAACACAUGAGGAGAUUUUGAGGAGAAUGUGCUCAUCUCACUCAUGAAAUAGACAUUAACCCCACAAAAUUCUGAAAUCUGUUAAUUUUCUGUCAUAUUUCAAAUAUAUUUGCAUUUUAUAACUUUCUCCUUUCUCCUUAUCCAUGCAUAUUCUGUACAUGUGAAUAGUGGUGAAUUUUCUCAUUCAUUUGCAUUUUUUUGCUUAUUUCAGCCAGUUUGUUCACUUGUGUCUGCCUUGCUGUAAAAUCAUGUAAACUGGACUCUGUCCCAACCGAAAAAAGAAAAAAAAAAGGAAAAGCACCACAGUUUUAUGAAAACUUUUUUCUAUUACACUUGGUGUCUUUUAUUUUUCUUGUGCAAGGUGAAUUAGAAUAAUGCACUAUAAACUGAGUGAUUCUCAGAGAAUGUUCUGGCCAACCUUUGGAAUGAUGAGCUCUGUUUAAGGUGGCUAAAGAAAAGCCGUGUAAAAUAUAUAAUGUCCUCUCUGUAUUUUUUUAUGUUGUGGAAUUUGUCUGGCUUAUCACUGAAACAUAAUAAGAGAAGAGGACAGGUUCAUAGGCUGAAAAGAUCCAUUUUUCACCAAAUUUCCUUUCCAAAUAAUUUGCAUUUUUUUGCUUUCUAAAAUCUUACAUAUAACUCUGUCCAUCCCAUAUUACUGUAAAACACUUAUGAAGCAGAUCUUUGUUUCAUUAAUUGAAGUGUUUAUCCUGAAAACAGUACAUUUAUAUGCAAACAGACACUUGUAACAUAAAAUGCAUGCCAUUCAGACAUUCACUCUAACCCGAUGAAACCUCUGAUCUUUAUGCACCGUGUAUUUUAAUGCUGAAUAACUUUUGUCACUGUUAGCAAACAAAGACUGUGGAGUGUUGCAGUGGGUAGGGUUGUAUUUUUAUCACACACCCUGGCCUUCUAAUGAAUGUUUGCAUUCAGUUUAACUUAUUGUACAAAUGACAGCAAUGUAGUGAUAAAGAGUGAAAUCCAUAUAUAUUAACUACCCAGUUGAGUGUGCAUUUGAACCUUCAGCAAACUCAGAAAAAUGCACUAAAAGUUUGUAUGUGUACGUACAGUAUGUGUCUUUGAAUAUAAUGCCAGCACUUUAGAACUUAGACAACAGAAAAGAAAAUGUCAAGAUUUUGAAAGAGGAGAAAGCAACUUUUAAAGCCAUGUGCUCAGAGCGCUGACAAUCAGAAUAAGGAUGUGACCCAAAGUGCACUAUGGGAGAUCUGACAUGAACUGUGCUCGUGCUGUUUGCUUUGUCAUUCUCCAGCUUGCUUUGGUCUUAGCUUCUAGCCUAUUUUCAUAGAAUGGAGAGACAUAAAGAUGUUAACUGCAGCCUUCUCGGUUAUAAGUGAGUUUCUCUGCAACAAGGACUGACUGAUAUUUGAUCAUACCUUGGUGCUUCAUAAAAAAAGAGCUGCCCCAUGUUGACAUGGGCCAUAUCUGCUAUGCUCUGGUAAGCAUGGGCCAAACUCGGUCCUCCGUCUGGACUUAAUGGUAACCUCAUUAUGGACAACAGUCUAUCGAGGAUCUUAUCUUGCAAAACUACAUUUUGAUCACAGUAUUGUUCUUCACUAUUAACAGGGCUUGGACCAGCCAAACUGGGAUGGGACAAUUUUAGUGUUGAUACUGCUUUAUGUUUCAAAUGAAAAGUGUUUAAUUGUGUAUGCGCCUUCUGACUCAAGCAUCAAUAAUAUAUACAACAGAAAUGCAAGUUGCCACUUUUGAUGUUGCAUAAAAACCUACCUUUCAUUCCCAUCAUGGUAUUUGCCAUCACCAGUUUCAGUUGUGUGAUCCAAAAGUACCUGAUUUCUUUAAAUGCAAUACAGAAAAAUUUGCUUUCUAAUAAAAGUCCUUACUUCACCAAU